AUGUCUUUGUAUACCGUAUAUGUUUCAAAGUAUAUUUUACAUUAUCCCUGAAAGUUAUAUAUAAAUCGGAUAAGUACUCGCUGAGAUAUCCCAAAAAAACCAAAACUUAAUAGACUUUUGAGCGGUACUGUAUGAGCUUUUAAUCAACCUAUCUUUCAAUUUUUCCAAAUUUGAGACCAACCUCGAAAAGCCAACACUCGACAUAUCAGCCUUCGAAAAAGCGCUCAAAUACCAUCACGAUAGGGUUAGUUUCGAUAUUGCUUGAAAUAACUAAUUUACAAGGAAUUUAGGAUAACAUGGUCAAAGGAAUCGUGAUAAUCAAUCCACACAAUCCACUGGGUGUCGUUUUUGAUCAAGAUCAAGUCAUUCGACUUUGUAACUGGGCGGCAAGGUAAUGAAAGCUAUGAACUCCCUUUACCGCUGGCUAGGGAAGAAAAAACAGAAAAAAACGUUUCAAAAAUGUCUGAGCCCAUUAUUUCCGGUCAGUAUAUUAUAUAUACUUAUCUCAUUCGCCAAAACUAAGAAAAAUUUGUUUUUUUUAUAGUCUGUGUGCCACGACUUGAAAUUUCACGGAACGACAUUCCGCUGUUCCGCUGCGUGCGUUCGCGAAGCGUCUUUCGAAUCUAGGUCACGCUUUCAAUUGAUUGUUAUUGCUGUGGGAGCACAUUAAAGUAGAGUACCCCAAUAAAAGAAAAAAAAUAAUAAAAGCGCGAUCAAGGUUGGCAAAGACGCGCAGCGGCACAGCGGAAUGUCGUUUGUUGAAAUUCCAUGUCGUGGUACACAGGCUAUAGCGUCAAAAAUUAUGAUUUUUUGUUCAAAAACCAAUAUUCCAGUCAAAACCUCUACGUGAUCAUCGACGAGAUCUUCGCCAACUCGGUUUUUGACCCGAAAGCCAACUUCAAGUCUUUCCUUUGCUACUACAAAAAGCUGGCAAGGCCAGACCACGUCGCCUACAUGUGGGGCUUCAGCAAGGUACUCCAAUGGAAACUCACACAAUCUCUUAUUUAAUUAAAUAUUCUCUACAGGAUUAUGGAGUUCCCGGCUUCAAAUUCGCCGUAAUUCACUCAACAAGUCCCACUUUGAGAGCAGUUCUCGGCAAACUGGAGUAUUACUCGCCAGUUUCCUGUUUAGUUCAGGACUUUGCUGUCAAGUUCCUGGCAGAUAAUGGUUAUUUUAUCAACUUUAUUCAGCCGAAAAAAUUUAAAAAACGACAAAGAGCAAGAGGAAAAAAGAGCAAAAAAAAAUUGUUCACGACUUUUUAAUAGAUUUGAGUGCCGAAAGUGAACUUGAAGGUUUUUAACUUAAAAAAAUAUAGAGCCAGAAAAACAGAAGCGAGAGAUCGCUGACGGCAUGGAGAGAUAGCAGAGAAAAGGAAAGUUCUCUCUUUCUCUGGCGUCUCUUCAAGCUGCCUUCGACCUCUCCUAAAAACAACUCAAAAAAUCAAAAAAAGUAAAAAAAAAAUACCUUUCGAAAAAAAAACCGUAAUUUGGCGAACUUUAAACUUCAGAAUGGCUCCAAAACUACCACAAGACCCUGAAACAUCGCCUGGCCGUCCACUACAAUUUUACCGUCAAACAUUUCAAAGAAAUGCGAAUUCCUUACGUCCCUGCCCAAGGUGGAUUCUGUGUCUUCGCCGACUUUUCAGAGGUUGAAAAAUUAGGAAGAAAUUCAACUAUAUGAAAAUUAAGAUGCUGAAAUCGAAAACGAGCAAAGCUGAGUUAGAACUUUGGCGAAAAGUGGCCACUGGAGGGGUGAUGCUCACUCCCGGCGACCAUCAAAAAUGUCUGAAGCCAGGCUGGUUCCGGCUCGUCUUCGCCUGCACCAAGGAAGAACUACAAGAAGGUUCGAAAAAUUGUUUCGAGGGAAAUAAUGUCCGCAGUGAGAAUGGCUCCCCAUGAUUGAACUAACAUCUGCUUACAGUAAAAUAUAAAAAAACGUAAUUAUAACAUAUAUUUAAAAAUUUUUGUUUCCGAUGAAAAAUCUGAUUUUUUUCAGGUAUUCGACGUCUUUACAAGUUAACGAGGAACAUUGACAACCCCAAUAUUGAGCCGAUACGGUACUGAGAAAAAGAAAAAAACGCAAGCUUUCAUCGUCCAAUUUUUUUCAUUCCUUCUUAUUUUUUUAGUUGAUUCUAGUCAUUUUGUAGAAACUCCCAUCCAUUCCUAUAUUCUGUACAUUAUGGAGUCUUUUUUCAGUCAUGCCUUGUUUAAUAAAAAAAGUUUUAUUGUCUGUCAAACUUUCAUAAAAAGAACUAUACUAUGAAGAUAAACUACCGUUCACAAAAAGAAGGAGAAAACUUCAAAAUUUGAAAAAAGGCGAAUGAAGAGAAUGGAAUUUCGUUCCUGACAGCCUUUUUAGGAUAUGAAUUAUGUUUUUGAUUUUGAUUUUUCAAUUUUUCCUUAUUAUUUCUAUUUUUUAAGCCCCCUUGCUCGAUAUCUUUAAUCAUCGACUUAUAUUUUCGAAAUCGGAAAUUUCAAUGAACCAUUUUUGCCCACAUUUUCCCUCACAUAACGAUAGAAGAACCAAAAAAGAAUAAUCUAUGAAAACUGAAAUUUAAAAGCUAUCCCACUUUGAAAUUAAGAAAAAGAAUUUCUACGUGAAAUUUCGAAAAACGUCACUUGUUUUCAAUCAGAAAAAGCUAUGACAUCAUCUAACAAUAUAAUUUCGUAUUCUCAUUUCUCUCCACCAAAACGCCAAAAUGACCUAUUACACAAAGCUCGAAUCAAUCAAUUCUGGCGAUUCGGACAGUGAGGUGAAGAUUCUGAACGGGAGUAUCGACGAAGACUGGGAUAUUGGAGAUGAUCUUCUGCCCAAGUACGAACACGCCAAGAAAAUCAUCAAGAGAAAGGUUUGGACUAUCUUACUCAAUUUUUUUUUUGGAAACAAUCCAAUCGCCUGAGCUCUCUUUUUCCCUCAUCUUUUGACCAAAGAAUUGUCUCAGCUCACAACGGGAGUUUUGAAAGAUUUUCAAAAUCUUUAAUUGGUCUCAAAAGGAAGAAACGUUCAGCUUAUUCUGAAGAUACUUUUCAACUUGGACGAUUUUCGAGCUUUUCUUUAGCGCACAUUGAUAAGCAUACGCUUUCACGUUAUUUGAGAAUCCCUUGUAGCUAUUAGGAGGAAAAGAGAGCUCAGACAUGCCAGACAGUUCCAAGUCCCCGUGAAUUGAGUAUGAAUUAAGACUCCCCUUUUUUAGGUCGACGACAUCAAGAUAGUCGCUGAGGAGUGCUACGAUAUGCUAAAAGAAGGUGUCGUUGAAGUGGAGCACAAUAUUGCCGGCCACUUGCAAAAUGUGAAAGAUGUCGUCAAAGAGAAGGUUUUUUCACUUAUUUAAUCUCGAAAAUGUCAUCUUCCAGGCAGAAGAGAUGCUCCACGGACAGUCCAAGAGAAGCAAUUGA